AUGCCCGGACGCUCCUCUACCCGCGCUUCGUCGACUGCUUCCACACGCAAAUCGUCCGUGCCGCCAACGAAUGCGCCGACUAUUUAUAUUCCAGAAGAGCCAGCGCUACCAACAACCUCCUCGUCCCUUCGCUCAAAUGUAGUCGAUAUAUUUGCAGAUGCGCAGCGCGCAAUUACCGGUCACAGGAAACUCGCAGUGAAGCUGAGGAAAAUUCAGGAACUUUGCUGUGGGCUUCGCACAACAAAGGUAGAUGGGAAAAAGGGCUCCCGUCUUAGUGAGAUCCAUGGAGAUGUGGCUGGCGGUGGUCUUCCAGAAAAGGAGUUGAAUAUUGAGAUAUGCCGAUGUCUACUUCGAGUAGUGUCGGUGAAGAAGGCUGAGGGGGCCGCAGAUCGUGUGAUUAAAUUCUUGGGCACGUUCCUGAAGUCUGCCACUGAUAAGGAUCUUGAAAUAUAUUCUGAAGGCGAUCCUGACGAGACGCGUGGGCUGCCAGAAACCCCUUCGUCACGAUUGACAUUCACUAUCGUCUCAAGUCUAAUACCGUUGCUCGCCGCGAAAGAUAAGACGGUUCGGUACCGAACUACACAAAUUAUUUCGCAUAUAGUGAAUUCACUGGAUUCUAUCGAUGACGAACUUUACAAUUUGAUAAGGCAGGGUUUGGUCAAGAGGAUCAGAGAUAAAGAGCCCACUGUUCGGGUACAGGCUGUGAUGGGUCUUGGGAGGCUAGCUGGAAAUGAUGAGGAGGACGAGGAAGGAAACAACGGCGACAGCCCAUCAGCUCUCCUGGAGAAGCUCCUCGAUGUGCUUCAAAAUGACACAAGUGCUGAGGUACGGCGUACACUCCUUCUUAACCUUCCGCUCACACCAUCCACCCUACCAUUUCUCCUUGAAAGAGCACGAGAUAUUGAUGGCCCUACUCGACGGGCUCUAUAUACCCGAUUGCUACCGACACUCGGUGACUUUCGCCAUCUUUCACUCUCCAUGCGAGAGAAACUAUUACGCUGGGGCAUGCGAGAUCGUGACGAAAGCGUCAGGAAGGCAACUGGGCGGCUGUUCUACGAUCGCUGGAUUGAAGAUUGUGCGAGCUCAUAUAGAACGGAGGAGGCAGGGGAGGAUGAAGAAAAGUCCUCAUCUCCGACGGUUGCUGCUCUUACUGAGCUUUUGGAGCGCAUCGAUGUAGUGAACUCUGGUGUAGAGAAUGGAAUUGCACACGAAGCGAUGAAGAAUUUCUGGGAAGGUAGGCCGGACUACCGCGAUGCAGUUACAUUCGACCAACAGUUCUGGGAGAACCUGACGGCGGAAUCAGCUUUCAUGGCUCGAAGCUUUAACGCCUUCUGUAGGCAGGAGGGAAACGGAAGGCUUGAAGAUCUCGCCGACGAGAAAAUUCCCGAAGUCACCGCUAUGGCAUUCUAUCUACACAAGUAUGCGACCACGCUUCUCGUGAGGCUGGACAACCCUGAAGAGGCAGAGGGAGGUGAAGAGCAGACGAUGGAAUACGAGUUCAUCGUUGAACAGCUGCUCUAUAUCUGCCUAACGCUUGACUACAGUGAUGAGGUUGGGCGAAGGAAGAUGUUUUCUCUCCUGCGAGAGACCUUGGCUGUCUCUAAUCUUCCUGAGGAAAUAACGAAGCUUACCGUCGAGGUAUUGCGAUGUGUCUGCAGCCCCAAUGCCGCUGGUGAGGGUGAAUUUUGCAGUGUUGUUCUCGAAGCUGUGGCUGAAGUUCACGAUACCAUUGUCUCUGAGGACAGCUUUGUGUCAGCUAAAUCAGAAAUUAGCGAGGAAAGCGCUAGACAAGUACAGAAAGAUAAGCGCCAAAGUGGUGUUAGUGGUGCUGGGGGAGGGGAUGAAGAUGAUUCCGAACAAGCCAGCGAAGUACCCUUCAAUAAAGAAGAGGCAAAGGCUAAGGUUCUCAAGGAAAUUGUGGUCAAUAUGAAAUGUCUCUACAUUGCACAGUGCAUGCUUCAAAAUGUGGAAGGCAAUCUUCAGGAUAACGUUCACCUCGUUACCAUGUUGAACAACCUGGUUGUCCCGGCUGUCCGAAGUCAUGAGGCUCCUAUCCGAGAAAGGGGGCUUGAAUGCCUGGGGCUAUGUUGCUUGUUAGAUAAGUCACUCGCGGAGGAGAACAUGGGUUUAUUUAUCCAUUGCUACACCAAGGGCCACGAAUCACUUCAAGAAAUGGCCCUGAGGAUCCUAUCGGAUAUAGUCACAACACACAACUCGCUCCUUGCACCCAUUGCAUCACCUAACGACCCCAACACUGUGACCCCACCACCAUUCCAAAAGCCGCUCCUGAAAGCCUUUGCAAAGGCUCUGAAGACAUCAACUCUACCUCAUGCUCAGAGUGCGGCAGUCAUUGCAUUAACCAAAAUGCUCCUUACCAAUGCCCUUUCUCCAUCCAGCCCAUCCAUCCCACCAUCGAUCAAGGAAUUUAACGAUAACUCCGUUGCUACACUCUUACAAUCACUUGUUCUAGCGUUCUUCAACCCCAGGACGCGUGAUAACUUAGCGCUCAGACAAGCAUUGACUUACUUCUUCCCCGUUUAUUGCCAUUCGCACAUAACCAAUGCCCAACAUAUGCGAAGAAUUGCAGUACCAGCAAUUCGCACUGUUCUCGCAGCUGUCGAUGACUUCUAUGCCCUUGAGGCAGAGGAGGAUAGUGACGGUGAAAUAGAUGGAAGUGUUGGCGAAAAAGAGACGAAGGCGCUUAUGACAGGUGUCGUUGGGAUGUUAACUGAAUGGACAGACGACCGUCGUAUUAUUGGUUUGGGUGGAGGAGGAGACCCCCUGGCACCGGCCAGCCUUUCGACUAAUUCAAUGCUUCGACCUAGUGAAAGUCUUCACCUGGCUCUCACCAAGGAUAUCCUACAGCGUGUUCUAGGUGUUGGAGGGUUCGCUACUGCACCACGAGAAGAAAGAAAAUACCUCCUUUCCAUGCUAAGCAAACUACAUCUGCCAACUCCAGCCCCCAUGCCCUCCUCAAGAGCCAGCUCUCGUGUUCCAGAGGGUGCACCUGACGAUCGAGAGAGUCGACGAUCAAGUAUCAGAACGGAUAACAUGACUUCGCAACUCCAAGAAGACGACGAUGAGCUACCUCUUCUCGUCAAAGAUCUCUUAGACCAGGCUAUUUCAGCUGGUGUUGCGGGUGAUGCUGCGAGCCGAAAUGCACUUGUGAAGGCAAAGAACUCUGUCUUGAAACUGCUUGCUGGUAUAGUCAAGACGGCUGAUAUGGAUACUAGCUCAGUAUCUGCGCGACCCGGGAGAAAAGAAAGAGUUCGCAUUAAGGAUGAACCGAUCGAGGAAGAGGAUGAGACAGAAGUGACAGUACUGUCCCAGGCUCCUAGUAGAGCUAGCUCAGUGGCACUAAGCAAUAUAAGUCGAAUUGAGGAAGAAGAGGAAGAUGAGGGUGAUGAUACGGUAGUUGCAAGGAGGCAAUCAUCAGUUCGCAGGUCCGAGAGUGUGGCAAGCACAGUAACGGGUGAUGAGACCGAGUGA